AUGGCAUUGUGCUGACAACGCUCCUCAACUAGAUAACAACAAACACAUGAUUAGUCCGUGAGGUAGAGAGUCAUCAUUGAAACAGCUGAAUGGCACGGUGUUACUUUCGCUGGCACAGGGUGUUGAUCUGUGUUUGCACGCCUUGCAUCUUCCUGGCCCUGCUCUUUGUCUACGUUGGUCUCACGGUGUGUAUGAGCAUGAGGAGCAUGGCAGCACCAGCGACUGAAAUCAUGCCAAAGAGUCCUCAUUUUGUGGCCAAUGGAAUUUUAAGAAAUAAGAGCUUCGCCCCGCUCCCUAAAACUUUCUGGGAGAACCAACGGCACAAAAAGGCUUUUUGGAACCAGCUCCAGCUGGUCGUUGACCACCAAUUUAACUCCAUCCUGCAACCCCAAAAAGCCAAGAGAUCAAUGAAGAAUAGCAGCUUUGAUGAUUUCCUGCUGAAGAAGAGUUUCUCUGCAGUUCGCAGCUUCGACAACGUGAUGUAUAAUGUUGAAGAAUUACCAGAGCGGGUGCAAGACUUCACCAGGUACAUGCAGAGAAGAGACUACCCGGUUCUCCUCCAGCCAGGUGGAGAAUGUGGAGCUCAGGGAAAAGACGAGCAGGAGCCCCCUCUGCUUCUCUUCGCCAUCAAAACAACACCGGAUAACUUCAACAACCGACAGGCUAUUCGGCAGACCUGGGGCCAGGUGGGAUGGGUGGCAGGACAGAAGAUAAAUGGCAGUGGCAGAGAUAAUGGUGGAGCCUAUGUCCGCAGGGUGUUCCUGCUGGGCAAGCAAAAUACCAAAGAACCAGGUGUGGAUGUGUCUGAGUUACUCAAGUUGGAGAGUAACUUUUAUGGAGACAUUCUGCAGUGGGACUUUGAGGAUACAUUUUUUAAUCUCACCUUGAAGGAUGUGCUCUUCUGGAGCUGGUUCUCACACUCUUGCAAGCAAACUCACUUUGUCUUCAAAGGAGAUGAUGACAUCUUUGUCAACACACCAAAACUGAUAACCUACCUCCAGAUCCAGAUGGAGAAGCCGCAUGUGAAGAAGAACAUGCACAACUUCAUGUUUGGAGACGUCAUAGGAGCAGCCUCACCCAACCAGUGA